AUGACAUCACUUGUGCUGUUAAUCAUUUCGGCGAUAGCACUUCUGUCGGGGUACAGUUCUUUAACAAUACAACAAAAUGAUGUGUGAGAACUUUUUCAGAUUACAUGCGGACCCUUCGUUCAAAAUCGACACAACUAACCAUCAGUUUCUUCUUGACGAUCAGCCAUUCCGUUACCUUGCUGGUGAAAUUCAUUAUUUCCGAAUCCCAGCGACGAAAUGGGAAGAUCGACUAAAAAGAGUUCGGUCAAUGGGAUUGAAUGCAAUCACAGUGCCGGUUCCCUGGAACCUGCACCAAAUUGAAUACGAAUCGUGAGAAACGUGGUGAUAAGUUUGUGUUUAACCCAUCUAUUACAGCAUUCCCGAUUUCACAGGCAAUCUGGAUCUGAUCAAGUUCAUCCAAAUGGCUCAGGAUAAUGGGCUGUACACUUUAAUUCGACUGGGUAAAAUAAACAUGAAUGAAUGAUUGAAUGAAUGAUUUAUUGAAGGACUAACGCCGCUUAUACAAUAAACAAAAGAAGAAAAUUGAAGAGAAACAAUAGUUAAAAAUUUGAAGGGUUUAGGUUAAAGGACCAGGGAACCCAAAAAAUUUUUUCUUUUUUUGUGAAAUUUUUUAGUGACUGUUUGAAUUGUCUCUUAUUGCCUCAUACACUGGUGAAAUGCUGCCUCUCAAAAAUGCCAAUGAACGAAACGGCAUGCAGUUGAAGUUGUGGCCGUGGCCUAGCGCCAAUGGCCAAAAAAUAUAUAAAAAUAUAUGCGCUUCUCGGCCAUUUUAUUUUUUCCGCUUUUUUACCGGUUUUUUAUCCAAAAAUUCACGGGUUCUCCCAUUUUUCAGUUGAUUGACAUUUGUUCGGCACUUACUUAUUUUUUCACUGCUAAAAAAUUGUUUUCAUUCAGUCGAUAUGAAGUGCCAAAAUGGGAGAAACCGUGAAUUUUUGGAAAAAAACCGGUAAAAAAGCGGAAAAAAACAAAAUGGCCGAGAAGCGCAUAUAUUUUUAUAUAUUUUUCGGCCAUUGGCGCUAGGCCACGGCCACAACUUCAACUGCAUGCCGUUUCGUUCAUUGGCAUUUAUGAGAGGCAGCAUUUCACCAGUGUAUGAGGCAAUAAGAGACAAUUCAAACAGUCACUAAAAAAUUUCACAAAAAAAGAAAAAAUUUUUUGGGUUCCCUGGUCCUUUAAGGUAUUUGUUUAACGGAAUAGAACUAAUAUAUGACCUGAACAAUUCAGAGGAGUAUUUGUUGGCAAAAAGACUAGAUGGUAAAUUAUUCCAACAGUUGAUAAUUCUAUUAGUAAUAAAUUGAGCGCCUAUUUUAGUGGAAUUUUUUAGAUUCGACUUAAUAUAAAACGGAUGACGUCGAAGAGAGUUGAAACGGGGAAGAAAUAUGUGAAAUUUCAAGUGAUUCGUUUAAAAAUCAGUUACUUUCAGGACCUUACAUUGCUGAUGAGUGGGAAAACGGGGGUCUUCCAUGGUGGUUGAUCAAGAACACACAUAUCACAAAGUACAGAAGUAGCAACUUGGCGUAA